CGGAGCAAAGGAUUGACAGUCUGCAGGGCGGCGGAAGUUUACCGCAUCCUCAUCAGUAAACUUAUGGAGAGGAGGGUUUGGUGAAUACUGGCCUCCAUGGUAAACUGCCUCAGCCGCCAUGUCCUCCACCUUUGUGUCAACAUCUGCUGGUUGUUGUGGUGGUGGUGCUGCUGAUGCUGCAGCUGCCAUGGCAACGCAGGCGUCUGAGCAGGCUCUACUGGCCUCAGACCGCUACGCCAGACUCAUCCUGGCCCAGAUGAACAAGAUGCGGCUCCGCAAAGACUUCUGUGAUGUGGGGCUGAAGGUGGGCGGCCGUGUCUUCAGAGUCCACCGGCUGGUGCUUGCAGCCAGCAGCCCCUAUUUCUCUGCACUGUUCUCCGGGGGGAUGCGGGAGGCAGAUAAAGAGGAGGUGCAAAUCCUCGGAGUGGAGACUGAAGUGUUUGAGGUUCUGCUGGAUUUCAUAUACACAGGUGUUAUCAGCGUGACCGUGGAGAACGUUCAGGAGCUGAUGGUGGCAGCAGACAUGCUGCAGCUGAACGAGGUGGUGUCUAUCUGCGGAGAGUUUCUCAAAGGCCACAUGGACCCUUGCAACUGUGUGGGCAUCUUUCAGUUUCUGGAGCAGAUUGCCUGCAUGGAAAUGAUGGAGUUCACUGAGAACUAUAUUCAUGUUCACUUCCUGGAGGUGUGUGUUACCGAUGAGUUCAGGGGCUUGUCGAAGGAUCAGCUGGUGAGGCUUCUAAGAAGCGAAGAGUUGAGAAUUGAAGAUGAGUAUCAGGUAUUUACUUCAGCCAUGGACUGGAUUCUUCAAGAUGUGGCAAAGCGGAAAAAACAUGUCGUUGAGGUGUUGGAACCGGUCCGCUUCCCUCUACUUUCCCCACAGAGACUGUUCAAGUACAUAGAGGGUAUUACUGACUUCAGCCUGCGGGUGGCACUGCAGACUUUGUUGAGGGAAUACACUGAAGUCACAAAGUCUCCCAAAGAAAAUAAGAUGUACAGUCAGCUACAACCAGCCAAGAUGAGACCGAGAAGAAAAGCCAGGAAGUACCUUUAUGCCAUAGGAGGUUACACUCGGCUGCAGGGCGGCCGCUGGAGUGACAGCCGGGCUUUGAGCUGUGUGGAGCGCUUUGACACCUUCAACCAGUACUGGACCACCGUGUCCUCCCUGCACCAGGCCCGCAGUGGGUUGGGGGUCGCAGUUCUGGAGGGCAUGAUCUACGUGGUGGGGGGGGAGAAAGACUCGAUGAUUUUUGACUGCACAGAGAGAUAUGACCCAGUGACUAAACAGUGGGCUGCCGUGGCGUCUCUGAAUUUUCCUCGCUGUGGAGUUGGAGUCUGUCCCUGCCAUGGGGCUCUGUACGCACUCGGUGGUUGGAUUGGCUCUGAGAUUGGGAAGACCAUGGAACGCUACGACCCAGAGGAGAACAAGUGGGAGGUCAUCGGCAGCAUGGCGGUUCCUCGCUAUUACUUUGGCUGCUGUGAGCUACAAGGCUUCAUUUACGUGAUCGGAGGAAUCAGUGACGAAGGAAUGGAGCUGCGUUCAGCCGAGGUGUAUGACCCCAUCUCUCGCCGCUGGAGUGCCCUCCCCGUCAUGGUUACACGUCGAGCCUAUGUGGGCGUGGCUUGCCUCAAUAACUGUAUUUACGCAGUGGGUGGCUGGAACGAGGCGCUGGGUGCACUGGAGACAGUGGAGAAGUACUGUCCAGAAGAGGAGAAAUGGUUGGAGGUGGCCCCAAUGUCGACUGCCCGUGCAGGGGUUUCGGUGUCAGCGGUUAACGGGCUGCUGUACGCUGUCGGAGGACGGGCUGCCAGUAGAGACUUUUCCGCCCCAGUGACGGUGGACUCCGUGGAGAUCUACGACCCUCACCUGGAUACCUGGACUGAAAUUGGCAACAUGAUCACCAGCCGCUGUGACGGAGGGCUAGCUGUGCUCUGAUCACCAGAAAUAAUCGGUUCAAACUGUGAACAUCUGAAUCAUCCCAAAACGGUGUAAAACUGAUGAAAAGCUGCUGGAUUAGACAUUAGACGUCUUUUUUCUUAUUUUUAAUUUGUCCUUCACAUUUAACAUUUUAUUUAAGUUGAGCACAACUGGAAAACUGCCAAAACUGCUUCCGCUGAUGAUUCGUCUGUUUUCACUAUUUUCAAGUCACUUAGUAAUUUUACAAGAAUGUCACGAAUGAGGAGCAACACCUCCUCUCUUCCUCUCGUUCGUAUUUGAAGACAAAAUGAUCCUUGCGAUGAGGAUGACUUUUCUCCAACAGAGGAGUGAACGUGUGAACAUUAUUCUUGGAUAUGAUGUGAUGAUUGUUUUUUUUUGUGUAUUUAAGGAAAGGUUUGAGUUGUGUGCAUUUCUACUUGGAGGAUUUAUCAAACCACUUGAGCCUAUUUAAUGAUGGUACCAAGCGACACUGGUAGGUGUCUGAAGUUUCAUGGUGAGUGAUUUCUGUAAAUAAUCAUGAACUCAAACAGCGCACCACUGUUGUCACACCAGUGCUGUGAUCACUGGAUUAUUUUUGUAUCUAUGAACACAAUUGAGUCUUCAAUUCAUUUACAUUUCAGCUUUCUAAUGUUGACACACACAAGACAACAUGCACAUGUUUACCUUGUUUACAAUAGGUAGUGGUAACGUUAUAAUGUUUAUCUCUGUAUUAAGUGGCAGGUUAACUAGCUGGUGGAGCUGCUGCACGGUAGCAGUAUUGCCUAUCAUGUGCUGUUAUUCCAAACAACACAAUAUUCCAACUACACAGCAUUAAUAAACAUAUUUUGUUGGUUGCUUUUCAGACUCUAAUAAACUUCAUAUA